AGCAUGAUCUUUCUGAAGGAACCAUUUUUUCGCGGCCAGGACAACUACGACCAGUUGGUGCGUAUUGCUAAGGUCCUCGGCACCGAUGAGCUCUUUGGUUACCUGCACAAAUAUCACAUAGAACUGGACACUGGCUUCAAAGACCUGCUGGGGCAGCAAACACGGAAGCGCUGGGAGCAGUUCAUCCAGUCAGAGAACCAGCACCUGGUGAGUCCGGAGGCUCUGGACCUGCUGGACAAGCUGCUGCACUAUGACUACCAGCAGAGACUGACGGCCGCCGAGGCCAUACAGCACCCAUACUUCUAUCCUGUGGUGAAGGAAAACGCCAAUACAGACGGCACAAAGGCAAUCAGCAGCUCCAAUGUAACAUGAUAACCAGAGAGCAGGAAGAAUCUUUGUUACCUUUGUUGUGCCACGAGAG